UCGCGAGCCAAAUCGAGCAAUCCCAACCUCACAUCAAUCCUAGUUCUACUAUUACAACUACAGAAUCCUCUGUUCAAGAUCUUCUUAAGUUGUGGAAACGUAGACAAAACUAUCAGCAAGAAACUUUCAAGUCUACAAACCAUCUAAGCAAUGAAAUUAUUGCACCAUGGAGAAUGUACCUAGUGAAUGUCCUAGAGUCUCCUCAAGCUCAUAUCAUCAUAAUUUUUCUACUAGUAAUAGAUCUCGCAAUAUCUAUUAUUGAGCUCAUAUCCUCUUUUACACCAACCUCAUGUAAAAAUAUAGAAGGAAAUAAACUAGAAGCAUUGUAUCAUUGUAUAGGAGUUUCAAUAUUAGGCCUCUUGUUUUUGAAGACAAUAGUUUUGUGUGUAGGACUAGGAAGGUCAUUUUUCGAGAAGCCGGGUUAUGUUGUUGAUGGUGUGAUUGUAGGGGUGGCAUUGGUGUUAGAAGUGGUCAUAGCAAAGGUUGGAGGAGGCUUGUUGGUGGUGGUGAGCUUGUGGCGCGUCGUUCGAGCUGUGGAGAGUGUGUUUGAGUUGAGUGAUGAGGCUAUUCAAGCUAAGAUUGAGGAGGUGGUGUGUGAAUUUGGUGUGUUAAGAGAGGAAAAUAAGAGGCUCUUGGAGAUGAUUGUUGAGGAAAGUGAUUGUAAUUGUGAAGCUCCAAGCUAAGAACAGCUUGAUGGAUGCCCAAUUUGAGAUUCAUAAUGUAUUCAGUGUCGGCCCGAACAAUAUAGAGGCCCUAUGCUAAUACUGAAUAGACCAAGAUCCACUAAAAUAUGCAAGCAAAUGAAAUAACAAAUAUGCACCAAACAUAAACUUUCUCUUCAAAAUCUUUUGAUACAUUCUAAGAAGAGUUGAAUUCAAGAAAUUAACUUAUAGACAUUUGGACUAUCAACUUCAAGUCUUUCAUGGUUAAAGACUUUUUUUUUUCAAUUUGGGGCCCAUUUGAAAGUGAGAUCCUGUUCCGUGUUCCACUUUGGAUAUGCUAAGGGACGGUCCUGAAUGUAUUCAAUCAUGAAUAGAUAUGUUGCUAGAUGUUACUCCUAUAAUUUGCAUUCAAACUCAUCCCUAGACUAACCAUUAAUAUGCUCCAAUUUUUAGUCUAUUAAAAAGCUUUGGAGUUGUUUCACAUUAUUUUGUUGAGUAAAACUAUAUGCUUAUGCUCGAUAUUUAUCAA